AGAACAACAACAACAACGCCUGACGCGUGUUCGCCAUGAGAAAGAUGUGGCAACUGAAAAAGGCGGCAGAGAGCUUUGCCAACGACCAUGGAGAGGAUUCGUUUCCCAAAAGCUAGGGCACUCGAUUGACAGGUAAACUCGUCACGGGGUAGAGUCGUUUCUAAGUCAUCAUCUCGAGUCCAACGACGUCUGUGCAUCGGAGGAGAUCGUCGUCGUCAGCGAUUCCUACUACUUCUUCCUGCUCCCAACCAACGCCAACGAAAGCCACCCCACCAACUCCCAGCUGCUGCGACGUACAGUCUGUCGCCCGAACAGUGCCAUGGGUAUAAAGGGCCCGUGGCUUGCGAUCCGCUCUGCACCUCGCUUCGAUCUCCUGCGUUGCAUUGGUCUCCUAGCUUGCUCGUUUCGUUCCUCUUUAUUUGCUCGAUCGAACGAUCGAUCGAUCCCAGGUCUUGGUUACUGCAAUGGCGUCCGGUGGCGCGUCGCUGGCCUUGGCCGCGCUGCUCCUCGUGGGCUGCGUCGCGGCGGCGGCGGCGACCAAGUACACCGUCGGUGACGCCUCCGGCUGGACGACCAGCGGCGAUUACGCCACCUGGGCCAGCGGCAAGAAGUUCAAAGUCGGCGACACUCUCGAGUUCAAGUACGCCGGCGGCGCGCACACGGUGGACGAGGUGAGCGCGGCGGACUACGCCGCCUGCUCCUCCAGCAACGCGCUCAGCAGCGACAGCGCCGGCUCCACCACCGUGACCCUCAAGACCGCCGGCAAGCACUACUUCAUCUGCGGCGUCGCGGGUCACUGCAGCAGCGGCAUGAAGCUCGUGGUGAAUGUGGCCGCGGCCAAGUCGUCCGCCCCGGCGCCGGCGCCGGCGCCUGCCGUGGCCUCGGCCCCGGACGCCGCGGACACCACCCCGGACGCCACUCCCGCCACGACCCCCAAGUCGCCCUCGAGCUCCGGCGGCGCCACGUCCAAGACCCCGGUCACGGUCCUCUCGCCGCCGGCCAAGAAGUCCACCUCCGGCGCCGCCGGGCUCAGCGCCGCCGCGUGGGCCGGCUUGGGCCUGGCCGGGCUCGUGGCCGUGCACCUCGGCGCGUUCUAGGGGGCCGACGGCCAGGGCGGAGGCAGUGCUUGCUGUUUUGUUCUCGUUUUAUUGUCGUAUCAUACAGUACUCCGUAGGAUGCCCGCCGUCGAUUCAUGUAUUUGUCGAGGACCUGAGAGGUUUCUUUUGAUCCAGGCAACUUAGUGCUUUUGCUGAGCGGCGCUGGUUAUCAUAUUCUUUUCAUGCCUUUUCUAUCAAUAUUUUCCACUUCUAUUAUUUUCUACGGAAAAGUAGUGCUUCAAAUUCCGUGUUA